UUUUUUUUUUUUUUUUUUUUAUGAGGUUUUUAGAUUCUGCAAGUUAGAGAUGUGAUCCCAUCUCCAUGCAUGAGAAAAUGCAGGCCUAGAGGCUUGCAGGAUGUCAGAGGUCAUGAAACAAAGAGUCAGUUCGGAGCGGUAUUGUGUGUUGCAAGCCAGAAGCUGCCAAGCUCCCAAUUGAAGCGUGAUUUGUAUACUGUUGUCUCCAUUCACCUGCCAGGGAAACAAAGCCUGCAAUAGUUUAGUUCUGCACUUCUGGGCACAUUGGACCUGUUGCCACUCAAGAUGAUUGAUAGCACCAAAAGCCAGCUGAAGCUUCCUUCCACAAAUGCAGCUUUUAUGAGUUAUAUGUCAUUUCUACUCUCCUCUCCAGAGUUUAGGAACAAUGUGGCAGAUGCCAAGAGUUUUUUUUUUUUUUUUUUUUUUUUUUUUCCUGUCAGUUUGCCUCCUAUCACUUCAAUGGCUCUGGAGUUCCUGUAAAAGCUUGUGUGCCACCAGGUAGUUUAUUCUCGCUUUGUUCUUUGUUUCCUGCCUGUGCAAACAGGCAGACUGGGCACCGUCUUUAUGAAAAGAUUUGGCUAGUGUUUUCUGGGGAAGAUGCUGGCCAGAAUAUUGUGUCAAUAUUUGCUUCUCUGUCUCUUAAUGUCAAGUGAUUUUGGCUAGCUUCUGCAUCGAGUGUGAACUUUAAGGAUGUGUUUACUUUGUUGGGAGGAAUAACUGACAGAGGUCACCCACCUCCAACCUUUUCUACUUGGAAAUAACAAAAAAGUGGCAGCAUUCUAGCCCAGUUGGCAACAGCUGCAGAUAACACCAGAAAAGAAGCUGGGUUGCUAGUCCAGUGCCCACGAAGGGGCUGUCUUAGGAUUUUAAGGAUUUUGCUGUGAAGGGAGACCAUAACUGUCUUAGGGUUUUACUGCUGUGGACACCAUGACUAAGGCAACUGUUAGACAGCAUUUAACUGGGGCUGGCUUACAGAUUCAGAGGUUCAGUCCAUUAUCAAGGUGGGAGCACGGCAUAGCUUCCAGGCAGGUAUGGUACUGGAAGAGCUGAGAGUUCUACAUCUUGUUUCGAAGUCAAACAGAAGCCUAGCUUCCAGGCAACUAGGAAGUGUGUCUCACAGCCCAUGCCCAGUGUUACACCUACUCCAAGGCCACACCUCCAAAUAGUGCCACUCCCUGGGCCAAACAUACUCAAACCAGAACAUUUAAUUAGGUUUGGCUUACAGUUUCAGAGGUUCAGUCCAUUAUUGUCAUGGAGGGAAACAGCAGCCUGUAGGCAGACAUGCUUACAUUGAAGGAACUGAAAGUUCUCUAUCUUUUUUGUUUGGUUUGGUUUGGUUUGGUUUGGUUUUUCGAGACAUGAUUUCUCUGUAUAGCCCUGGCUGUCCUGGAACUCACUUUGUAGACCAGGCUGGCCUUGAACUCAGAAAUCUGCUUGCCUCUGCCUCUGUUGGGAUUAAAAGCGUGUGCCACCACCGCCCGGCGAAAGUUCUAUAUCCUGAUCCUCAGGCAGCAGGGAGAGACUGUCACUGUGUAGUCUGAGCAUAGGAGACCUUCCUCAAGGCCACACCUACUUUAACAAGGCCACAUCUCCUAACAGUGCCACUGCCUCUGGGCCAAGCAUUCAAACGUGAAUCUACGGAGGCUGUACCUACUCAAACCACCACAGGCUGCUUGCUGCCUUCCUAAUUUUAAGGAUGAAAAGAGACCCACACACUAGCUGAAUCCUCUGCACAGCCAUACAGUUACUGUCUUGUGGCCUCACUCCAUUUGUCUGUUACCUGUCCCUGACACUUAGCUUUCUGCACCUUGAGUACCCUGGGGGGAUUGUUGCCUUUCCUGACAGGUACCAAGGAGUUUGACUCAGUUUUCUGACAGAUAUGUUGUUUGCCUCCCAGAACACUUGGCAAGGACAACAGCUCUGUGUCUAGUUCUGUGCUCUCACCUGCUGUCAUAUCACAUCUCAUAGUGGAGUUUACCAGGUCACACCACUUCCAAGAGUUGAACAGAUAGGGAGCCACUAGCGGUGGUACCUUUUAUAAUAAAUACGUUUUUGAAUAGUUUGUGUAUUAAUGCAUUAAUACUAAUUUAAGGUGUUGAUAUACAUGCUGUAUACUCCAUGUCUGCAGUAGUAUUAGAUUGCAUAAAUUAGGAGACAGCCUUAGAGGGAUGAAGUUCACUUAUUCAAGGACAGAUAAUUAGUGGCAGAGUUGCAUUUGAAUGUGUGACUCUCAGCUCUUGUGAGCCAGAGCUGCUGUGUGAUCUGAUCAGUUUGUUCAGCCCAUGGCAAGAAAGCUAGAAAGUCAGUGAAUGUAACUGGCAGCCCAGUUAGCUCUUCAGGUGCUCUCUGAAGCUCCCUCCGAUCCCAUCUGCUGCUGCUGCUGCUGCUGCUGCUGCUGCUGCUGCAUUUCUGGAAAUUCUGUCCAUUCUGGGGAGAAUUCUUUUACUUCAUCCAUGUAUUAAGAUGUGUUUAACAAAAGCCUGUCCGUUGGGCACUGGGUAGCUAUGUAAUGGCCUUAGGACUCGAAGUUUGUGCUGUCAGGGAAAGAAUGAGCCAGUGGUCAUAAUAGGGAUAACUGUAGGUUGAAUGGGAACCAGUGAGGAGGACAGCCCUUGGCCUAGGGCAGGACAGGGCUCUCAGAAGUAGGGCCCUGUCACCCAAGACCCAAGAAUAGGCCGGUCAGGUGAUGAGAAUGGGUUUGGCACUGAUCUUCCAGAUGGACAGGGAAGACCUGAGGCAAACACUGGGACCUGGAAGUGAAAGAAUGGAGGGCAGGAGGAAGUGAGAGGUGCUCUAUUUAUGGAGCUUGGGGUUUGGAGAGAGGGCAGUGACUCAUCCGGUGUAGGCUGCAGGUAGUGCACAUCGAAAUCCUCACAAAUGCCCGAGACUCCCAUCAAGCAGUCACUACUAAAGUCAGCUCUGCAGUCUGUUUCCCUGGUUGUAAUGUCCUUGAAUUCCGGCCCCCACCCCCGCCCCUAUCCCAGGAUUUCAGGUAUGCAAACACUUGUGUUGCUGCAAGGGUGCACUUGCUAGUCAGAACACUAAGUACUCAACGUUUCGCCCUUGCAGCCUCUCACAUCAGCAGGAGUCCCUGACUUUCCUGAAUGAGUGGGCAGAGCUGUCCAAGCACACAGGCAGCUACAUAGUGCACCAGUACAGCUCUGUCCGCCGCUUCCCAAGUUCCGUUUGUGUACCUGUAGGAGGCUGGUGUGUCGACCUAAAACUGCUGGCCCGUGGAGAGUGAAGACAGGCUGGUGGGAAGGCAGUAGGGCAUCUCUGACAUUGAGGAGGGUUGCUUCACAGGCAGGGUUGGGGGUGGGGCGGGGCUAGGCCACAGCUUGUUGCUGUUUCCUUUUCAAUAGCCGGGUCAGCAUUUAGAAGUCUCAGCACCCUUGGGUCUUUUGUUCCCAGGCCUCUACAUUACUGUUUAGCAAGUUGAUCAAACUACAUGGGAGGCUCCCACGAACUGUUUUCUACUGCCCAGGGCAAGGCUGGCACAGAGCAGGUACUCAGUGCUGAUUUGCUCACAGAUAAGUUCAUUUUCAGUAGCCUGCCACCUUGAUCCUCACUUGUCCCCGUGGGCACCUCCAUGGGAUAUGCUAAUUUGGGUUUUCAAUUCAUUCUCGCUGCCUGGAAACAUCCUGCAGGCACAUGUAAGUCCUGUGGUCUGGAAGUCCUCAAGAGUUGUUAAAAGGAAGAAAUGUGUUUGUGUCUCUCUGUGUGUACAAGACCACUUGUAGAGACAAGGGCAGUGGCAUGUACUGCCCUAGUCCUUCCUGUAAGCAAGGGUGGGAACCACCUGUGCAUUCAUCGAUCCCCUGAAAAAGAAACCAGGCUGUUGGUGCAGCAACCAAGUGCCCACCGUCUUUGUUGAAAGACAAUGUUUGGUGGCUAAUAGGAUAUAAACACGUACUCCAAAGAAAAGUACAUGUAGUUAGCCAGGUCUGCUGUUGUCAGAACAACCCACCAAGGUGAACCCAAGACUAGUGAUUUACCUGGAAAAAGAAGCAGGCCAUCACAGAUCCUUUUAAAUCUCAAGGAGCGGGGUGUGCAAGUGUGUGUUUGAACACCUCACACAUUAUUUCGUAAAGAUCUCACACAAUUUCACAGCACUGUCUCAACUAAAGAUUUUUAAAGAAAACGCAGAUACAAAGUGGAGACUACACCGACGCUUUCAAUACUGAACACCGUUUUUCAUUAAAAACAAGCCUGGAAGAAACUUCUGGUCCCGAGUGUGCCUCAUGCAUCGGAUCCCAUGACUUUGUCACUCGGGACAGGCCUCCCCGCCCCGCUCCUUCACUGCAGGGACGAGCUCAGAUCUCAUGCACGUGGCGGGCGCAGGGCCCCUACCGGCGCCCUGGGGGAGCGUGGCUGAUGAAACGCUCCGGGCUCGGCCCGAGAGACGCUCCUGCCGUAGGGCGACUCGGCGGAGACCGGCUGGGGCGACGCGCCCCAAAAAGGGCGCGCGGGGACGGCGGGGGCGGCGGCGCCGGGACGCCGCGGCGUACAAGGGGCAUGGAACCUCUGACCCUGAGCGGCCCGGGCGGCAGCGCGGCGAGCAUCCCAGCCUUGUGCAGCUGUGCCUGUUGAAAUCUGGAGAGAAACAGUGAAGAAGCCAGAAGGUUCAGUUCCUCCCUGAAGGCAAGUGGAGGUGAGACGCUGCCCCAGCAUGAACUGCACCCCCAGAAACAGGAAGUAGAAGCUAGAGCAGCUGUCUGUCUGCCAUGGCUUGUGAGCCUCCCACAGAUCCUGGUGGGGCAGCUGGUCCCCUGCCCACCUCUACCCUUGGCUGCAACAUCCUGCCUCAGGGGAACCCUCCUGGCUGGGGGCAAGAGCUACACAAUGGCCAGGUCCUCACAGUCCUCCGGAUCGACAAUACCUGUGCACCUAUCUCCUUUGACCUGGGAGCUGCAGAAGAGCAACUGCAGGCCUGGGGCAUUCAGGUCCCUGCUGAGCAGUACAGGAACUUGGCUGAGAGUGCCCUUUUGGAACCUCAAGUGAGGAGGUACAUCAUCUACAACUCCAGGCCCAUGAGGCUGGCCUUUGCUGUGGUGUUCUACGUGUUGGUGUGGGCCAACAUCUACUCCACCAGCCAAAUGUUUGCCCUGGGCAACCAGUGGGCAGGCGUGCUGCUUGCGACCCUGGCUGCUUUCAGCCUGACCCUGACCCUUGUGCUGGUCUUUGAGAGGCAGCAGAGGAAGGCCAACACUAACACAGACCUGAGGCUGGUGGCCGCCAAUGGAGCCCUUCUGCGACACCGUGUGCUGCUGGGGGUGACAGACACAGUGGAGGGAUGCCAGAGUGUGAUCCAGCUCUGGUUUGUCUACUUCGAUCUGGAGAACUGUGUGCAGUUUUUGUCCGACCAUGUUCAAGAGAUGAAGAGGAGCCAAGAGUCCUUGCUGAGAAGCAGAUUGAGCCAGCUGUGCGUUGUCAUGGAGACUGGAGUGAGCCCUGUGGUGGAAGGGCCCGAGGAUUUGGAGGAUGCUCCCCUCCUGCCCAGCACUCCUGGUCCUCAGGAGAGGCCACUCACACAGACUGAACUCUAUCAGCUUGUUCCAGAGGCUGAGCCGGAGGAGAUGGCCCGGCAGCUACUGGCAGUGUUUGGUGGCUACUACACCCGGCUCCUGGUGACCUCUCGGCUCCCUCAGUCAAUGGGAACGCGACACAUGGACUCUGCAAGGAUCCCAUGCCCCUGCCAGCUCAUAGAAGUACACGUUCUGGGCACAGGAUGUUGCCCGUUCCUGGCUAGGUGACCUAGGGAUGGAGAUGUUCCUCUUCCUCCAAGACUGAGAAGUGGGGGAGGAGUCAGGAGCCCAGCAUGGGAAACAGCGAGCUCAGAUGAGGCCAGCAUUUGGGAACACUUUAGCGAGUCUCAGUCAUGUAGGCCUUGGGGUCACCAAGCGCACACCAGAUGCCUUCUUGGCAUCACAUGCUCGCCUGGCCUUGCUGAAUCUGGUGGAUGAGCUGGAGUUACUUGGGCUUGUGGCCUGCGUGGAGGGUCCUUUCUGUUGCCUGAAAAUCCCUAGAGAACUACAGCAGGCUCCACAGGGCAAGUCCCUGACUUUUGGAGUCAGAAGGUGAGACUGAGGCUCUUAGAGGAUGCUGCUCCCUCAGCAUUGCCUCAGGCUGCCGAUGUCACAGUCCUACCUGCUUCCAGUGGGAGGGAAGAUUCUCAGCAGGGUGAGCUAGCUUGUGAGCUACAGUACUGUCUGGGAUUGUUGUCUCUUAGCACUCAGGUUAUAGAGGACCAGGGUUGGAGGACAGGGGAGAGGAGGAGUCAAAAAGCCGAUGCCCGUCAACACGGCGCUGGAAAAGAAGACCCUGUUGGCCUCAGACUGUCUUUGUGUGGCAACACGCUUUCUUGAGAUGUGAUUCUGUCCUGCUGAGCAGCAGCGGUGUUUUCAGACACUAACAUUGUUCUGGAAUGACAUGUGAUCAGACACUCUGAGCUUGUGUGAAGAACUCAGAGACUUUCCCAAAGUUUGAAGACUGUCCACAGCCCUAUGCCCAAAGCCCUGGUCUGGUGUGAAGGUCUUACUCAAAAACCAACCUUUGUGGUUUUUGUCCCCGACAAAUCAUCAUUAUAAGUUGGAACUCUUCCUUGAACUGGCAUAUGUAUUCAUUCCUGUUGGACUCUUAUUCCUCCUCAAAACCCCGCUCUCCAUAUCCUUCCUGCUGUUCUUUGUCUCAUUGAAAUCCCCUUAUGGAUAUUUUAUGUUAUUCCACGUUUCUCCUGUACAUACCUCUUUUUCUGUCAAGACUGUAAACUCCUCAAGGCCCAACAUUGUACCCAUCUUCCUUUUGUGAAUGACCUGGACUUGCUAAGAAAAAAGAAAAAGGUCUGAAAAGUCCCAUGGAUUGGUUGCCUUACCCGCUCCACUGGUUUUGGCAAAUGCUUCUGGCAAACAUGGUUGAGUGAUAAGACCCAGGUCACCAUGGACCUGAGAUCUGGCCUUGAGCUGCAUCACUUUACUUGUAUGUGCACCCUCCGAUUGCCCAUCUCGACGGGCUGGAUGGUUUUGGUAAUUUCCAGCUGCUUGUGCUGUUUGUUAUUCUUAACUUCUGUGCACAAAGUGCUCCCUGGACCCCAAGCUGAGGUGUCCCUGGUGGGAGCCUUCAGAGGGAGCACCGGCCUGAGCUGGUAACCUGGAUUCUUGCUGCCCACCUGCCAUCUCUGGCCGGGGCUGUAAGUGACCAUGGCUGAGUGCACAAAUUGAUUCUCAGUGUGUCCACUGACUCCUUUAUAGGGUGAUGCAGUGGACCGGAACCGCGCAACUCAGGAGAUUUUUCUGGGGGAGACAAGUCCUACCUCUUGUGUUCUGUGUCCAGAAUGGAAGCGUCCCCCAGCCGUGUGCCAGGGAAGCCUUCCUCAGUGGGAUCGUUCACUGUCUUUUGAGCCACGGGAAAUGUCACUGUGAAGUUGAUCCAGGGAAGCCUGUGCUUGUCCUUGGGUCACAGGACUCUUGAGCGUAGGGAUGGGAAAUAAAACUGUUUGGUGAGUGAUGGAGCAGCUUGCUCGUGGAGGCGUGGUGUGGUCCUUCGACAUUCUCCCUGCCUACUGGAUGGGACUUAUGGGGUGAGCCCACAGUGGACGUUUCUUUGUGUGUGCCUCAGUUUCCUCCCUUUGUAAAAUCCACAUGUCUCACCUGCUUCACAAGGUUGCCAGGAGGCUGAUCCAUCCAGCAUUUAUGUUAAAAAAUAUUAUUUUUAAUCAUAUCUCUCUGCACGUGAGUUCUGGGAAUUAAACUUAGGUUCAUGCUCUUACCAUCUCUACAGCCCAGUGCUCGCUCCUAGGUCUUAAGUUUCGAUACCCAUCAGAGGCAGGAGCCAUGGACACACUGCUGCCAUGCAGAUAGGAGCGUUCAAGGCCAAGUCCUGCCUGCCAUCUUGUCUCUGUCCCACCAGUCACCAGGGAGGAGAACUCGUGCCUGGAAGAUGUUUCAGACUGAAUGGAAACAACCUCCAGUGCUUGCAACACCAAGUCACGAGCUGGAGCAGGAACUCGAUAACCUGCUGCCGUUUCUCUUCUAAAUUCUUGCCGUCUGGUAUACAGUAGGUGCUCAUAUGUGUUUGACUCUUGUCUCAUGUUCAAUUGUUCCAGCACCUCAGGGGUGUGUAUACAAAUAAAGAGUUGUCAAAUCUCAA